AGCCUCAGCUCAGCCUCAGCUCAGCCUCAGCCUUCGCUGUGGGGGUACCACUUGUCUGGCGGUGCCGACCCUCUCGCCUCCAUCUCCUCCCAAUCCCACCCAAACCGAAGCCUCCGUCCAAGUCGCGAUGAUCAAGAAGACGUCUUGUUGCGACCCUGAGCUGAACAUCCCCGCCAAGAACUGCUACCGUAUGGUCAUCCUGGGCUCCUCCAAAGUGGGUAAGACGGCCAUCGUGUCGCGCUUCCUCAACGGCAAGUUCGAGGAGCAGUACACACCGACCAUCGAGGACUUCCACCGCAAGUUCUACAGCAUCCGCGGGGAUGUCUAUCAACUGGACAUCCUGGACACGUCUGGGAACCAUCCCUUCCCGGCCAUGAGGCGCCUGUCAAUCCUCACAGGCGAUGUCUUCAUCCUUGUGUUCAGCCUCGACAACCGAGACUCAUUCGAAGAGGUGCAGCGGCUGAAGCAGCAGAUCAUGGAGACCAAGUCGUGUUUGAAGAACAAGACCAAGGAGAACAUCGACGUGCCCAUAGUCAUCUGCGGCAACAAGGGCGACAGGGACUUUUACCGGGAGGUGCAGAGAGAGGAGGUCCAGCAGCUGGUGGAGGGCGACAAAAAAUGCGCCUACUUCGAAAUCUCUGCCAAGAGGAACACCAGCCUGGACGAGAUGUUCCAGGCCCUGUUCACCAUGGCCAAGCUGCCCAGCGAGAUGAGCCCCGACCUGCACAGGAAGGUGUCGGUCCAGUACUGUGACAUUCUGCAUCGCAAGAGCUUCAGGAGCAGGAAGCUGAAAGAUGAGGACGCUUACGGGGUGGUGGCCCCCUUUGCCCGGAGACCCAGCGUCCACAGUGACUUGAUGUACAUCAAAGAGAAAGCCAUCGGCGGCUCUCACAGCAGAGACAAGGAGAGGUGUGCCAUCAGCUAAGCCCCAGUGGACCACGUUAUGGAAGUUAUUUUUUUGCUUAGGAAAAAGGAGACACAGAGAGAGAGAGAAAGAGAGAGGAGACAC